UAUUCUCCUGCUUUCUCCCUUCCCAAUGCUUAUGUCUGUAUUUUUUUUUGAAGGCCAUAGUAGUAUAGUAGUAGAUGUUAGUGGGCAAUAGAACCAAGAACACAGAGCCCAUUUAUGUAUUGUGUAAGAAAAAGCCAGGCACUUUUGCAUUUUAAUGCCCCUUUCUCUCUCUUCUUCUCUUCGCCUCAAUACUUGUCUGGUUUUGAACCAAUUUUUUUUCUUAAAGGUACUACCUUUAUCUUCUUUUUACCCUUUUCUUGUAUAAUAUCAAGGCUAGUUUAUGCAUAUUUUGAAUUUAAAUCAUGUGGGUAAACUUGUCUGCAAAAGUUGAUGCAGAUAAGCUCACACUGAAGUACAAUAGCUGUGCGUUGUGACCUUUUCCCCCUCUUUCUUGUGCAAAGAUUAUUGCUUUUUUGGUUCUUUCUCACCCCCAUCCACCUAACUAGACUUGAGGGGUAGUUAGUUAUGGAGUUUGAAGGAGAUAAUUGUAUAGGGAUGAAAUGGGUUUGUUGGUGAUGGUACUGUGUGUUCAUGUAUGGCUCACAUCCAAAGUAACAAAAGUGUUAGUGAUACUGCAACUGCAGCAGAUGAAGUGAAACCAGCAGCCACUACUUUUCAUGAUUUUUUGGGUAAAGGGUAUCCUCAAGAUUCAUCUCCGGGGAUGUCUGGCAGAGUGGUGUUGCCGUCAGAGGCAUCUCCGUCUGCUUCUGUCUCACUUGGUGCUUCUUCUGGGGGUGGCCGUGGCCCCAUUUCCACCACUUCUGAUCUGGGUUCUGAAAGAGUUGUAGGAAAUCAUUUUGAAGGAGUGCCGUUCUAUGGCCUAAGGGGUGAACUUUCAGGGCCUGAGACAAGUAAUCGAUUGUUGGGAACAAAAAGAAGCAAUUCUGACUCUUUGAUGGGGUCAACGAGAGAUAAAUUUGCAAUGCUGCGAUCAGACUCAUUGGAGAGCUCACAUAUGCAGAAGCUACUACGAAAUGCAGGGGGUGAGCGGCGUGGACGACCACAGGACCAAGAAAUGUCCUUUGUUAUGCAUCCAAUGAGGCCACUUCAUGCCUCUUUAAUAUCACAACCAUCCGCCACUGGUAGAACUGAUGUCAAUGCUUCCAAGUGGGAUCGAGUUAUUCCCGUCAAUGUUGGUCCCACCUUGCAGUAUCCUCCACGUGCUAGUCAUGUUUUACCUUUUGGAUAUCAAUCGUCAUCCAACAGGUUUGGAGAUGCUAAUGCAGGACCUUCUAAUAUAUCUCAAGCUGCUGAUGAAGGAUCAAGGACCGGAAUCAAAGGAUCCGGAAUAUUGAGUUCCAUUAAUGCAAGUGGUGGAAUCUCUGAUAGAAGCCUUUCUGGGGUGCCAUUAAGUGGUGCUAAGCAGAAGUCUACACUUCACUUCUCUGACCUAGAAUCUUCUAACCCGUGUCGGCAAGGAUCGUCACCUGCUGGCUCUCAAAUGACUAUAUUUUACGGGGGUCAAGCCCAUGUUUUCGAUAAUGUCCAUCCCAACAAGGCAGAUGUUAUAAUGUCCUUAGCUGGAUCAAAUGGAGGAUCUUGGUCAACAACAUAUGCUCCAAAACCUGCAGCAAGGCCAUCAACUGGAGAAAAUUAUUCGCCUAAAGCAGAGAAUGAGACAACCAAGGGCAAUAACCUAGCUCUAAUAAGAGAGUUACAUGGCAGGUCCUCUGGCAAAGCAGGUUUCACCCAUGGUUUUGGUUCUGGUGAUCACAUUUCCAUCCCUCAAGGUGUCCUUCGAGGGGUUAACACAACUAAGGAAGCAAAAACUGCAGUGCAAGUAGCAGAAAACGUCACUGAUGAAAAACGAGAUAUGUGAUUCUGACUCCAAAUAGGGCUGACAUUGUCACAAAUCCAUCUUACUUAUCUUCUAUUCCUUUAUUUUUCACUACUUUCACCCCUAGAAACCAGGUGAACUACCUAUUGAAGCCAAACUUCCAAUCUUGUACCGCUCUUUGUUUAGUUGUUGAAUCAAUGGAAGUUUAGUCGGUCAUUCCAAAAGAAAUGCAGCUGAUGUUUUUAUAGGCUUGCUUAGGCCUUGAACUCUCAAGACAUGGAUGCUCCAUCUGUUCACUAAAUACAGUUCCAAUGCUGAUAGCAAGGAUGGUUUCACUCAUCUGAAUUCUGUUUUGCCUAUUCUUGGAGUGAAAUGGCUACACAGAGGAUUCAUUCAUACAUCUUGAAUUGUAGUUUAUU